AUGAGCACUGCCAACCAGACCAUUCCCGUCGACCUCCUCCCCGUCCCCGAGGACCAGUUCCAGCGCGCGCAAUUCAACCCACAGGCGCACCUCAAGCACAAGAAGUCCUUCGUCAACAAGGUCUUCUCCAAGCGCUCUGGCUCCAACUCCUCCAAGCGCAGGAAGGACGACGCCGCGGAUGACACUAGCGAGCGCGACUCUAUCCGCACCACCACCUCGAAUAGCUCCGGAAGCAUCCGCUCCAUCAUGUUCCGCAAGCACCGCUCCAAUACCAGCACCUCCACCUCAUCGACCGCAUCGACCUUCUCCGAGAGCGGCUCCAUCUACAGCAACAUGUCCCUCGGCAGCAACGCGAGCAGCUCGUCUGAGUGCGACAAGUACGGCAUGCCGAAGUCGCAGUGGAUCCCGCAAUACUUCUGA